CCAACCGUUCACAUAGUAAUACCUCACCACUCACAUCACAAUCCUCUCAAAAACAUUCAUUCCCUUUUUCUAUUUUCUCCAACUCACCUUUCAACUAAAAAAUACAAAAGGUUCAUUCUCUCUCUCUCUCUCUCUCUCUCUCUCUCUCUCUCAAGUCUCAACUCACUCCUUUCAUCUUCUUCUUCUUCUUCUUCGAUCCAUGUAUACAACUCAGUGGCCUCAGGAGAUUAUGGUGAAACCAAUAGUAACAACAAAUCAUCAUGUGUUGGAGAAAAAGCCAAAGCCACAAAAAGAACAACCUAUAAACUGUCCAAGAUGUAAUUCAAUAAACACAAAAUUUUGUUACUACAACAAUUAUAGCUUAACACAACCAAGAUAUUUCUGCAAAACAUGUAGAAGAUAUUGGACUCAAGGUGGAUCCAUUAGAAACAUUCCUGUUGGUGGUGGUUCAAGAAAAAACAAAAGAUCUUCAUCUUUUUCUAAUUCUUCAAUUUCAACAAAAAACCAACAUGCUCAUGAAUUUGUUGAUGUUACACUUACACCACAAAAUAAGAUUCAUCAUGAAGAUCAAGGACAAGAUCUAAAUUUGUCUUUUCCUUCAAUAACACUAAGAUCUAGUGAAUUGGUUCAACAAAAUAAUAACAACACUUCAACUUCUAAUCAGUUUUCAGCAAUGGAGCUUCUCACUGGGAUAGGUGGAUUUACUUCAAGGGGUUUACAACAUCCUUUUAUGCCUGUUCAACUUCAAGGUGGAUUUUCUAUGCAAGAUUUUAAGCAAGUGCCAAUGAGUUUUUGUUUAGAUGGAAUUAAUGGAGAAAGUGGAUUUGCAAGUGGUGUUCAAGAGAUAAGUGAAGGAAAAGUUUUGUUUCCUUUUGAGGAUUUAAAACAAGUUUCUAGUACUAAUGAUAACCUAACAUUGGGUUUGGAUGAGAAUAAUAUUAAGGAGGAUCAACAAGGUUAUUCAACUGGGAUUUGGACCGGAAUGUUGGGAGGAGGAGGCGGAGGAGGAGGAGGAGGAGGAUCAUGGUCGUAAUUUUACUUCUCACUUGAUUUAUGUAAAAGUUUAAUUAUCGACAGAAAUUAGAGCCGGAAAAAAUUGGAAUGGAUCUUCAUUUUUAGUAUUUCUAGAAGUAAUGAAAUUAGAGAUGAGUUUCAUA